UUAUCUCGGAAUAUUCGACGACUCGCUAGGGAUAAACAACGAUUGAACACGACCGACCAGUAUGCCUUGAGUGAAAUUGUUGUUCACCAAACUCUUGUCGUGCCCAACCGGACCGAAUAACAAUCGCUGAAACCUGACACUCGUGUUCGCUGAUUACUAAAGAUAUGCCGAAAUACUAUUGUGAUUAUUGUGAUACAUAUUUGACGCAUGACUCGCCAUCAGUGCGUAAAACCCAUUGCCAAGGCCGUAAACAUAAAGACAAUGUUAAGUUUUACUAUCAAAAAUGGAUGGAAGAACAAGCACAGAAUUUGAUUGAUGCUACAACUGCUGCUUAUAAAGCCGGAAAAAUAGGAAUGAAGGGUGUUUGUAUUCCACCGCCAAACAUGGGCCAAGCAGCGCCCCAAAUGUCCAUGCCACCCGGUUCAAUAAUGCCUCCUGGACAAAUGCCUAUGGGUGCUCCAUCAAUGAUGUCUAUGCCGCCCAUGAUGAGACCUCCUAUGGGACAAAUGCCAAUGGGAGCGCCACCAAUGAUGCCUCCAAUGCCACCUAAUAUGAGACCACCUAUGAUGGUCAAUCCUCCUCCUAAUCCUCAAACCCAACAAUAAAAUAAGCCAAUUGAAUUUCCAGACUUGGAUAAAGGCAGUCAUUAAAUAUAAAAUAAGUUCUAUUACAAUGAUUAUUCAAAUGUUUAAAAUUUGUGUACUUUCAAUGUAAAUUAUU